UUUCUUGUUUCAUUUUUCCCCUUUGCCCCUUUAUAUAUAUAUCUUCUUUGGGGAGGCUUCUUUCUUCUUAUGCUUCAUGACAAACAUUUGUACAGCUGCUGAUCUCCUCCCUAUCUACCUAGCUACUGAUCAUUAACAUAGCCAUCUUAAUUUAUCCAUGGAAGAUUCAGGAGCUGCUUCUAGUGAUGAUGUCAACAAGUCUUGUCCUCGAGGGCACUGGAGACCUGCAGAAGAUGAAAAGCUCAGGCAACUUGUGGAACAGUAUGGUGCACAGAACUGGAAUUCUAUUGCAGAAAAGCUCCAAGGAAGAUCAGGUAAGAGCUGCAGAUUGAGGUGGUUUAAUCAACUUGACCCAAGAAUCAAUAGAAGGCCAUUCACAGAAGAAGAAGAAGAAAGGCUCCUUGCUGCUCAUCAUAUCCAUGGGAACAAAUGGGCAUUGAUAGCUAGACUAUUUCCAGGUAGAACCGAUAAUGCAGUGAAGAAUCAUUGGCAUGUUAUAAUGGCAAGAAAACAAAGGGAACAAUCCAAGCUAUGCGGCAAGAGAAGUUUUCAAGAUACUUUUAGCGAUUCCAAGCUAUAUUCUGCUGGUUUCACUACUUCAAGGAAAUUAGCAAGAUGUCAAGAGGCAUUUAGCUCUAGAAUUGGGUUCGGAGACAGUAGGGUUUUUGAGUUUCAAAACCAAGGUAAAGAUAGGAUUUUCUCAGUCUCAUCCACAUCAACUACUUCUUCACCAUCUUGGAAUUUUGCUUCAUCGACAAUGGUGGCUUCAAAUAAUUCAUCUUCAGGCGCCCAGUUAUCAAUAAGAGACGGAAAGAAUCAUUUGCUGCCUACUGGUUCAAGUUAUUACUCCAUGGACACCUCAAAGAAUUUAGAUCAUCAAUCUCUUUAUAAAUAUCAUUCAAAUGCAUAUUAUAGCAGCUUCAGAAAUUCCAGUGCAUUUGGGUUUCCAAACUACAGGAGGGUCGUUCCAAGUGCUUUUGGUUAUCUCAGACUUGGUGCUAAUUCCGAAAGCAAUAAUGGUGCGAUGAUGGAGGAGUUGUUGAGCAUAAACGACAUUGCACCCAAGAUUACAAAUGAUUCCCAGCAGGAGCAAGAAGAUGAAGCAGACAAAACAACGGAUGUUCCUUUCAUAGAUUUUCUUGGUGUUGGUAUUUCUUCUUGAUCAUCACAAAAAACCCAUCUUAUUUAACUAUUUUUCCUAGUAUAAAUAGCAGUUGUAGCUGUGCUUUCCCCUGCAUCAUUAUGAUCACACAUGUUCAUAAUCAACAUGCAAAAGUUAAGCAGAAAAGACAAUGUUAGCUUUUAAGCAGUUA